ACCGCAGAGCGGCCGCGAGAGGCGGCACCAGCGGCCAGAGCCGGGGCCCGGGGGCCGGGGCCGCAGUCGGCGGGGACCGCGUGGUGCUGAAGGGACAGCGCUCGCGGGCACGCUCAGCCCAGUCUGGCUUGGUGCUGGAGGGACGCCACCUGCGGACACCACCCUCCCGACUCGGCGUGGUGCUGAAGGGACAGCACCCGCGGACACGCCCAGCGCAGCCCAGUGUGGUGUUGAAGGGACAACGCCCGCCCCGGAGCCGCGGGUGGUGCUGAAGGGACAGCGUCAGCCCCGCCUCGGCAGCCGCGGGCGAACCCGGUGGUGCUGAAGGGACAGCGCCCGCCCCGCCCCGGAGCCGCGGGAGCCCGGCGCGGCGCCCCGGGAGCGGGGCGGGGGGACCCGUCCUCCACCCGCAGUCCCGCCCGGGCCGGUGCCCCCGUGCUGUCCCCGCGGCUCCCCGGGCGCCGACAACCCCCCGCCGCCUCCUGCCCGCUGCGCAGAUGCCGGGUGUUGGGGCGAUCGGAGCGCGGUGCAGGCACCGGCCGCGCAGGAGCCCCAAGAAGAGCCCCAAGGCGGAGCCGGGCCAGGCCGGGGCCGCCAUGGACGCUGCGAUUUGGAUCUACCAGUUCCGGCUGAUUGUGCUGGGCGACUCCACAGUGGGCAAGUCCUGCCUUUUGCACCGUUUCACCGAGGGCCGCUUCCCGGGGCCGCUGCACUCCGACCCCACCGUGGGGGUGGACUUCUUCUCCCGGCUGGUGGAGAUUGAGCCCGGCAAGAGGGUCAAGCUGCAGCUCUGGGACACGGCGGGGCAGGAGCGCUUCAGAUCAAUAACACGAUCUUACUAUCGCAAUUCUGUGGGUGGCUUAUUAGUCUUUGACAUCACAAAUCGUCGGUCUUUUGAACAUGUGAAGGACUGGCUAGAAGAAGCAAAAAUGCAUGUGCAGCCCUUUCAGAUUGUGUUCCUGUUAGUAGGACAUAAGUGUGAUUUAGUGUCACAGCGCGAGGUUACAAGAGAAGAAGCUGAAAAACUGUCAUCUGACUGUGGUAUGAAAUACAUAGAAACUUCAGCAAAAGAUGCCACGAAUGUUGAAGAGUCCUUUACCAUUCUUACGCGAGAUAUCUAUGAACUUGUGAAAAAAGGAGAAAUCACAAUUCAAGAUGGAUGGGAAGGUGUCAAGAGCGGCUUUGUUCCAAACGUUGUACAUUCAUCAGAAGAAGCUGUAAAGCCCAGACAACAGUGCAUCUGCUGAAUUUGUAGCACGCCAAAGAGCACAUCGGGCGUUCAGAAGAUGAUGCCAACCUAAAUAACAGAAUAAUAAUUUUGGAACAAUAUUAGAUCAUGACAUAGCUGACUCAUAGAACGGUAAUUUGUUUUUUUUAUCCUACUGUCUAGGUCAUAACUUUAUAAAACUUUAAGCCUUUCUUUUCUUUUACAGCGUACAAUAACUUUGUGUAGUCUUCAGGAAAAGAAAUCAUAUAUUGCUAAAGGAAAAAUGGAUCCUAUAGCAAGAUACUGAGAAAGCGCAAUAAUCAUUGUGACAACAUCCUCUCUUAGGCUUUGUAUUUUGAAUACUGUUUAAAAUCAAGGCUUGCUAGGUGAGGAUCAGAUGAGCUCAUUACUUCUGUUCAUCCUGCCUUAGUUUUGGACAAGAAAAUAUUAUACCUUAUACUUUUUUUAUGGGGUUCCUUACUCGAGUGCAGGGUUGCUAGUGACCAUUAAAGUCUGGAAUGCUGUAGAAUUUAAUAAUAAAGAUAACUCUAAAGAAAGCAAGCUGAAAGAUUGCUCCAACAGCAAACACUUUUGAUAUGACUAUGAAUACAAGCCUUACUAAAGAAAAAGAAUGUUUUAGAAAAGAUGAUUUAUUUGUAUACUGAAAAGGAGAAUAGAAGCAUUGAAAUUUAUUAUUUAGUAUUUUCUGAAUUGCCAAUGAUGCUAAAUAUAACAUCACAUAUGAUCCAGCUGUUAUUUGACUUGUAUACAAAAUGUAUUUCCCAACUACUGGAGCUAGCAUUUCAGAGGCUGGAUCCUCAUCUGGGUAAUUAUCAUACCCACACUGAUGCCUAGCAAAUUAUGUUAAUUUACACAAACGAAUUCCAUAUUAGCUUUAAAAAAUAAAUUUACUUCUAACUAGAAGUAAAAAUAAGUUAAAAACUGCUGCAACCUAUGGGGACCAGGCCUUAAAUUUGAAUAGAGCAAGGAUUGUUUUAUUCUCAGCCAGCAAAUGUUAAACUGUUGUCUAAAAACUGUAGGUUUUAAAACCAGAACUUCUACGAAUAGACUGUUUGAAAAGGAGAGAAAUUAUAAAAUAAUGCUUAGUUAACAGUAAGCAAAGUUGGAGAACUUUGUUCUAAGACAGCAACACAUAAUAGCUUUUAAUAACAGUAACAAUAGGAGAAAUCUGUGAUCGUGUAGCAUUAUAGUGAGCUUGAGGUCAUCUUCCUGCUCCUCUGAAUAUAACACACACUAGCUUUAUGCAAACUAUGCCCUAUAUGCCUAGCACUUAAAUACCAAAUAAGUCUACUUCUCUUGUAUUGUAGUAAUAUAACAAGAUGGCUUGAUCUCCAGAGUUGUUAAGCAUCUACAGUUUAUGUGGGCAUACUCAUAACCUCUGAGCAUCAAGCCAGCUGUCUUCAUGUCAAGGUGUGUUAUCAUGUCACAAUUCUCCAUUUUCAAGACCAGGCAACAAGUCUAUUUAAUCUAACUUUUUUCUUCAACAUCUAAUUGAUUUUCCCUCAGGUUACUUCUAGGUCCUGUUACAGUCCUUUUGUAACUAUUCCAUAGCAUAGAGACAGAUUGCUCGGUUCCAGUUAUUUCAUUCAUGUAGAGCCACUAAAAUUAUUGACUUCAAAGGGAACUGAAAGAUUAUUCUUUUCAACAGCCUGAGUCUUGCUUGGACUGAGGCACUGUUACACUGUCAUAGAAGGACACAGAGGCCUUAAUAUAAACAGGAAUCAGCCUUAAUUCAUUAGCAAUUAAAACAGUUAAUUAAUUCUAGUCUCAGCGUGCCACAAAGUCAUUCCUGUGAGCCUGAUUCUCUCUUAAACUACAUAUUUUAGUCGUUUACACUGAAACAAUUUUGAUUGAGGGCAUUUUAGGCCCUAUUUGCAUAAACAUAAGUUACUACAGAUACCAAAAGAUAGUGCAGAAUCAGGUUGUGUGCAUUUAACACUGAUUCCCCUAUGAUACUAGGCCCACGUUAUUUAUCUCGGAAGGUCUUCUCUUAGCUGUUUAAGAGGACAGAAUGGGCCAAUGAGUAAAUCAGUGGCUGGGGAGUAAACAGCACUGGUGUACUGUGUGUUUCUGAGCAAGGCAUUCAUGUUUUCCGUGCCUCACUUUUUGUAUCUCAAAUAUGGAGAUGAUCAUUCUGCCUCGAAUUCACAAAGACUGCUGAGGCACAAUCUAACUGUAUGGUCUUCAGCCUGGACUCUUCUCUGUGUGCUACCUGUUGUAGAGUGUUUAGCACCAUCGGAUGUGGAUACUGGUUUCGUCUGCCAUACCAAAAAUCAUAUUAAAAAUAUUAAAUCAACUUUUUUAAGUACCAGGUAUUGCUAUUACUCUGAAUCUGGAUUUCAUUACACAUUUCAGUACUUUCAGGUGAAAGCCUUUUAUCUUAAACUUUUCUUCCUGCAUCCUCUGGAGCCAAUGAGCUUUUCAUUCUGUAUGAAAAGAGUCAGGGGUGUUUGUCA